AUGGCUCAGGCAGUGGCAAGACUACGACAACUUCUAGCGGACGAGAGUAAAAUUAUCGUAUGCCCUGGCGUUUUCGAUGGACUCACAGCUAGAAUUGCGUUAAAUGAAGGCUUCGACGCCUUAUACAUGACCGGGGCAGGAACAGCCGCAUCAGUACUGGGGCAGCCAGACCUGGGUAUUCUCACAUUAAAUGAAAUGCGUGGAAAUGCAGAGAUGAUUGCCAAUUUGAAUACGGCUGUUCCAUUGAUAGCAGAUGCUGACACGGGAUUUGGUGGUUCCUUGAUGGUUCACCGGACCGUUACAGAAUAUAUCCGGAGCGGUGUUGCUGCUUUGCAUCUGGAGGAUCAGGUAACUACUAAGCGCUGUGGUCACUUGCGCAACAAACAGCUCGUUGAUGAAGAUGAGUUUCUUUCACGGAUACAAGCCGCCGUCAAUGCGCGUAAGCAGUCAGGGGGUGAUAUUGUCCUGAUUGCCCGCACAGACGCACUACAAUCUUUGGGAUAUGAUGCUGCCAUGUCUCGCUUGAAACGUGCGAUCGGAAUUGGUGCAGAUGUUGCCUUUCUGGAGGGCGUCAGAUCCAAAGAAGAAGCACAAAAUGCUUGUAAGGAGCUAAGCCCGACCCCGGUCCUUUUCAAUUCCGUACCGGGAGGUGUUUCCCCAGACCUAUCGGUACCGGAGGCUCAAGAACUUGGAUUCCGAGUUAUAAUUUUCCCCGGUCUAGCGUUGGGUAGUGUCCAUGGUGCUGUUAGUGCAGCCGUAAAAAUGUUGAAGAGAGAUGGGGUGCCGCCUGCAUCUGAAGGGGUUAGCCCGCGAGAUCUGUUUAAUGUUGUAGGGUUGAAACAGGCGUUGAUGCUCGAUGCUGCAGCUGGUGGAAAAUCGUUUGAAAAUGGAGUAUAG